AUGGGCCGUGAAGAGCAAAUAGAAGAGCGCGAGGUGCUGGAUUCGAUCUUCCCGGAUGAAAUCACAGACAUUUCUGAGACAGAGUAUCGAAUAGCAAUAACGCUCGACAUCCCCGACGACGAAGAAAAUGAGCAGCCGGUGAUUGCGCUCACAGUACGCUAUCCCGAGGAUUACCCGGACAAAGCCCCGUACCUCGACCUCUCCGCCGACGACGGCGAGAACAAGCACCCUUUCUUCAACAUUGCAGAGGCUAAGGAUGAGCUUCUCAAGAGUCUGGAGCCAGUAAUUGAGGAAAACAUCGGUAUGGCGAUGGUGUUUACACUUGUUACGACAUUGAAGGAGGAAGCAGAGCAGGUGGCCAUACGGGCGAGAGAGGCCGAGGCGAAGGUGCACGAGGAGGCGGCUCAGGAGGCAGAGCGGAAGGAAAAUGAGAAGUUCCAGGGAGCUGCAGUGACGAGGGAGUCGUUCCUCAAGUGGAGGGAGGGCUUCUUGAAGGAGAUGGAAGAGCAGAGGCAAAAGGAGGAAGACGACAGAUUGGCCGAGAUGAAGAAGGCUAGGAUAAAAGAACCUACUAGGAUGUCAGGGAGGCAGCUCUGGGAGAGCGGUCUCGCAAAGGGUGAGGAGAUUGAGGACGGAGACGAUGAUGCGACCGCAGAGGAUCUGGCGAAGCUCAAAGUAUCAGCUUCAUGA